UCAGUCUGCUCAGGAAACUUCUGCUGGAGAAAGUACUGGAGUCCAAAACCUGAAGAGGAGAGAGAUUUUGUGCAGAGAAUUCUUGCUCCUGCCGAGGACAACACCUUGGAGAAAAAAAAGCACACAUUUGAACUCUUUUUUUGCAGGGUGCACUGCAGAGCCUGUAAUUAAUGUUAUUGAAACAGAUAGCAACACUCUUCUUGGAUAAAGACUCUUGGCUUUAGCUUUAAAAAAAAAAAAAUCGGAUUAUCUGACUGAGGCAUUGUGCUCAUUAGUCUACUUUUCCCCCUCCUCUUCGCAUUUGAGGUUUUAUGCUAUAACUGAAGAACAAUGUUUCUGAGUUUCUGCCUCUUGGUGACAUUUAUCUUGGGGCUGUCCGGGUGCUUGGGCUCAUACGUGCCGUGCGAGCCGUGUGACCAGAAAGCGCUGUCCAUGUGCCCUCCGGUCCCCGUCGGCUGCCAGCUGGUGAAGGAGCCGGGCUGCGGGUGCUGCCUCACAUGCGCCCUGUCUGAGGGGCAGGCGUGUGGCGUUUACACCGGGACGUGCACCCAGGGGCUCCGCUGCCUGCCCAGGAGCGGUGAGGAGAAGCCCCUGCAUGCGCUGCUCCAUGGCAGGGGAGUGUGCACCAACGAGAAAGGAUACAAACCUGCACACCCGCCCAUAGAUCGUGAGUCCCGGGAGCAUGAGGACACCAUUACCACAGAGAUUACAGAGGAGCUGCAGCCCGCUAAAGUGCCACUCCUUCCCAAAGAACACAUUGUGAACAGCAAAAAAGUCCACGCACUGCGCAAGGAGCAGAAGAGGAAGCUCGGGAAGCAGCGCUCUAUUGGCUCCCCCAUGGACUACUCCCCUCUGCCCAUCGACAAGCAUGAGCCUGAAUUUGGUCCAUGCCGGAGAAAACUGGAUGGGAUCAUUCAGGGAAUGAAGGACACUUCUCGUGUAAUGGCUCUGUCUUUGUACCUUCCCAACUGUGACAGAAAAGGAUUCUUCAAGCGCAAGCAGUGCAAGCCAUCCCGCGGACGUAAACGAGGCAUCUGCUGGUGUGUGGACAAGUACGGCGUUCAGCUCCCUGGCACAGACUACAGCGGCGGGGACAUUCAAUGUAAAGACCUGGAGAACAGCAACAACAACAACGAGUGAAAAGGGGAGGACCACCCUUUACCCCCACCCCCCGAACCCUAACCACCACGUGACCCAGGGCCCACGCCUCCCCUCUGAAUCACAUCUGUUUGCUCCGCCCUCCAUUUGCUUCAAGAUUUUUGUUUUUUUCAAGUUGAAAAAAAAAAGGAAGAAAAAAAUCCAAACGAAAGUACAGGCUGAAAAAAAGACACCUGCUUUUUAUUUUUUUAUUAUUUUCUUGUGUUGACCAAGUACUCAUCUCUGAAUGAGCGGAACAGUCCCAGAAGAUUUACUCGAUCCCUUGACUCUUGCUCAUGGGACCCCUUUGUCUGAGGCGGGUCCCCUGGCUGCAGAUCAACGAAAAUAUAUGCACAAUGGAUAUAUUUUUAUAGAAGCUAGGGGUUUCAAUACACGACUUUGUAUGAUAUAAAAUUAGAGCAAAAUCAUUGUGAAGAAAAAAAAGUAUCAGGCACAUUGGUUGAUCAGUUUUAGGCUGUUGAACACUGUGGAACUGAAAAUUGGCAGAGUAAUUGGGUGUUAUUCUAAAAGGAACAAAUAAUAGAUAGGGAUAUGCUGUAACAGUUGACUCUAUCUGGGUAUGUGGUUCUGUCAGAGCACUUAUGAAUAGGGGAACCUGCUUAGAUAUGUGUAACUUCACAAAAUGAUGCGUGCAUGAAUGCGUGGAUGUGUACAGUGCGUGCGUGUGGUAUGUAUCCGCCUGUGUUGGUGUAUGAUGGGAGUGAGCCUACUACGAAAAGAUUGUCCUUUUUCCUGUCUCUUUUGUUUGAUUUUGUCACAACAAGUAUUGCUAGCGCUUGAAGUGGUCUUGGGGCUGGCCUUCUCUUUAACCGAUGUAAAGUAUGUCUCGGGGACAGUGAUGGGUGGAAACAAAAGAGUAAAGCAGAUCGUCACAGAUGACCCUAUACAUAAUGUGGCUCUUCGACAAUGUAGCUAGCCUGAUAUGCCAACUGUGCCUAUUGAAACAGACACUGCCAUGCAGGGCGACACAGAACUUAGAGAGCGCUGCUGACCCUACCGGUGAAAUAAAGAUUUUUCAGCGAUGGGACUCAAAGUUUGACUUCCGAGUUGAGUGCAUGAUCGAACUCGCCAGUCGGGCCAGUUGCUUCUCUGAUCCAGUUGUGUGAAGUGUAGUUUUGUAUGGUUUUUGUUUGUGCUGUUUUCUUUGCCUUCAGUGAAGUAAAGACCGCCCACUUUUGAGCCAUGUUCCUUAUCAAGUGGUUUCCCCUCAGUACUGCUACUACAGUGUAACCAUGGUGUAUUACUUUUAAAUAUAGUUAUUGAAUGUUGUUUUUUUCUUCCUGUAGAAACAAAGUAUGACAACAAUGUAAUUGUGCUUGGGAAAAAGAUAUUUUUGCCCGUAAAGAAUUUGUAAUAGGUCCUUGUAGCCUUGUCAGGAGAACGACCCAGAGUCUUUAGACUACAGGGCGGUCAAAGAAGCUAACACUCUGCAACCCUUCGCUAACAUGCUUCCAUGCUAAGGCUAUACAUCUUAAGAGAGCAUGAUUUAAGGAAAAAGGUUACAGGUUAUAACAGGGUCAUUUAAGUAGAGUUGUUCUCUCUGUGUGCAAGUCACAGUGCCUUCCUUCAUACAAAUACAUUUAAAUAGUGACGUGAAAGUGACAUGGAUAUCAAACAGGGCAAUUUCCUCUUUUAGACAGUUAGCCUGUGCCAGGGCUGAUACAGUGAUCAAGAGGUCUAGGUUUUAGUUGUGAUUAGGAGAAGAACAAUGAAUGUCCUGUAAAUGACGUCAGCAACACAUAACAAACCCAUUAGUAAUCUCUGUACCUCGGGGGCAAUUCUGGAUAAGAAUGAUGUUUGGGGAGAUGCUGUGAAAAGCGCAGUCAGUUAAUCUCCCCUUUACUCUCUCUUUGACAACCAAUAAGCUAUGAUACUUGCUUUUUUCAUGUAAAUGCCAAUGUAUAUGAUUGCCAGAGAGAGGGAGCCAACGGAUGCUAAAUCAAGCAUUUCAGAAAUGCUAUGCACAUCCCCAAUGGCUUCAGGUUGUGAAUAUAUUAUCAAGGUUCUUUGCCCCACUUCCAACACCAAAUCCCCACUACCACUUUCGAAAAGAAAAAAAAAGCAGCUUGCACUUAUUUCAGUUACUCAUUAUUGAUAUUGACACACAACGACGUCCUUAGAUGUGGUAUCAUGAAGUUGUUGGAAACGGAAAAAGACAAAAAAAAAAAAAACAGCCACAAAAGCUAAAUGUUGUGUUAUCUUGUGCUAACCUUUUAAAGGUGGUACUUUGAGGUGAUUGUUGUCGACAGGGGCUGUGCAGCCCAUGCCUGGGACCUCCAAUACAGCAACAUCCUUUAGGGACAAAUAGAUUUAAAGUAACACGCAGCUAGAGAUGUUCUCAUGGCCAAUUGCACAGUGAGUUAGGAUAAAAGAGACGGAGGGGACAGAGGAAGAGUGAGCGCCAUGGGCAGUGGUCGUAAUCAGGGCCUAGCCACUUCCCCCGAUAUGGGUUCACCAAUUGCAUGACAUUAGAUACAGUUAGCAAGACAGUUGACAGGAACCAUGGAAAUCUGGGGAAUGCAUUACUUUAACCAGGAGCACUUUGAUACUCUUGAGCGAAAAACAAGGAAAUCUCUGGGACCGUUCACUGUCCGGAUCAAUCAUCGGUGUGAAUACAAUGUUCCAGGUGUUUUUUAUCUUUUGUUUGGAUUGCAGGUGGGGGUUCAGGAUUAAACAAGUCUAACAGUGACUUCCUGUUCCCCACGCCUGUUUGCGUGUAGUGACUUCCUCAGGUUUCUCGUUUCCUACUUGGUUUAAACUCAUAUUUCAUACUUCUGUAGUACAGUAACACAAUACAAUACAGCUUUUUUCUGAGUACAUAACACUUUCUGGAUGUAAUGAGUCAAUACAAUUGGUUUUCAUAAUUUGGUGUUCACUGGCUUGUGAAAAGGACCCAUCGGUGGCAGGAGGACAGUGGGAAAUAAAAAUGGUCAGUAUUUGGAACUACAUAAAAUGAAUAAGAAAAAAAAAAAGAAAAAAAAUCUCAAAUUAUUAAAGUGAAUAUCACUGUGUAAUAUUUAUUCAACUUGUAAUUUAUGUACUCUUUUAACCUUUGUCUUUUUUUGUUAUGACAAAGCAUUUAUUUAAAUAAAGUUAUGUAUUCAUUUAAGAAC